GGUGGAUUGAAUAAUAUACUGCCUUAAUAUUACAGCUGUCAUGUAGUUUCUCAUCUUUCAGUCAUUAUCUAAUUCACUUAAAAUCUUUUCUUUUCCUUUACAGUUAUGAACAAAUAAAGAAAUAAAAAAAAAGAAGAAAAAUGUCUGACAAACAAAAUAAACAACCUGGUUGGAUUAGACCCUCACCAAUGAGAUCAAAUCCACCAAGAUUAAUGUCGCCAACUGCACAACCGCGACAAAGAUCUCCAACUCCGACUUUUAAUGCUCGUCAACUUACAGAUACGCCUCCAUUUAGUCAAACACAGCAAUCGCCAACUCCUCCAUUAAGGCGUACAAUACCCCAAACACCAACGGGAUUCACAACUGUUUAUGAAUCACAAAGAUUUUCUCCAUCUCAUCCGAUUCCGCCACAACAAAAAUCGAUUCAGCAACAACAUCAGAAUAUUCCAAUGUCUCCAAUCAAUCUACCACCAGAUUUGACAUACCCUCGUCCCUAUCAUAGUACUUUUUCUCCUGCUCCAUCUGCUUCAACACCAUGCAGUAUUCCUCCAUUCUCACCAACUCCAAUGUAUACAGAGCGUGAUCAUGUUAAAGCAAUGAACGAUUUUUAUGUUGUUCCACUUGAACCGGCAAAUUUGAGUAGAGGAGUAACUGUGUAUGACGAGGAAAAUGAAAAUCGUCCAUCUACUGCUGACAUCAUAGCGCAACAGUCACAAGAUUAUGUCGAUGAAAAAUUGGCUGAAUACCAGGCUACAAUUACUUAUUUGCAAGAGAGUAACAAUUUUCGUGAAAAUGACAAAAUGAGAAUUCAACAAAAACGAAGAGGAAUUGCACAAUAG